AUGCCUCUCUGCUUGAACGCCAACGGACGCGAACAGCUAGCCAAGGGUCGAGAGACCCUAGCAAGCGCACGAGCAGCCAAAGCUACACAUACCUUGAGCAUCAAGGAGAUGAUUACGGUUCUCGGUGCUCAAGCCGUGGAUUACGAGGAAGAUCGUCGUCAGGGACCAGAACUCGACAGGUCUCGCACAUUUGACUCUUGGUUGAAAGAUGGAAUGACAUACGUGAGAGGAGCUAUCCGCGAGUUGACUACAGCGGCGUCCAAUGAGAUUCAGGAUCUAUCGCCUGAGCAUUCUUUGAAGGACAAAGAAGCAAACGUCCGCUUGGGCAAGAUGACAGGCGCUAGUCCCGUGUUCACUCUGAUAUACCCUUCCGAAACGGUUGAAAUCGCAACAACGCCCACACAGGUCCUAGCUCCCCGAGCGAAUAUCCCACCUAGAAAGAUGUCAUUCAUCGAGCAUCAGAUGGAAAGGUUGUUGAGAACAAUCUUCUGUGCACCGGCCGAUCUGAUUCCUUACGGGCUAGAAAGGCGAAUGGCAGCCAAGAAAGCGAACAUGAUUCAUGAUCAAAAUGAAGCUCGUAUAGCUCGAGCUCGAAAAAGGGCCAAAGAGAUUAAAGAGAGGGAAAGAGAGAUGGUCAACUCAUUCAAGAAAAUGCAUGUGUGA